GUACCGAAAUUGUUGGUCUAUCUAGACUUUAAAUAUAUACAUUGUAAAUUUAAGUUUGUACUUGUAUUGUAUAUAUAUUUAACGGCAAUAUGGAGUUCUCUCCGCUUUCGGGAAUAAAAACUCCGCCAUCCGAUGCGAUAAUAUUGGAUCCUGUAGUCCGGGAGAACAUUGUAGAAGUAGCCAGGCCUGAGAUUAAGGAGAGAAUCGUCGAGAUUCCAGAGAUCGAGUAUGUAGAAAAAAUUGUGGAAGUGCCCGAGCCCGUUGUACAGGAGAAUAUAAUUCACAUCGCUAAGCCAAUUCUGUGCGAAAGAAUCAAGAAGUUAGCUAAACCAAUUGUACAGGAAAAGAUUGUAGAAGUGCCUGUGGUUCAAGUGGUAGACAAAGUUGUGGAAGUUCCACAGUAUGUGUACCAAGAAAAAGUCAUUGAAGUACCAAAAGUAAUGAUCCAAGAGAGAAUCGUUACAAUUCCCAGGAAAGUAGUCAAGGAAAAGAUUGUAGAAGUUCCAAAAAUCGAAUACAAGGAGGUGAUUACGGAGAGGAUUAUAGAAGUAGAAGAGGAAGUUCCGGAAAUCGUCAUGAAGGAUGUACAUGUAAAGCAUUACAUAGACAGACCAUACGAAGUAGAGAAGAUAGUGGAGGUUCCACAGAUUCAGCAUGUUUACAAGGAUGUAAUUACUCCACAAUAUCGCAACGUACCAAAACCUGUAGAAGUUCCUGUAACUCAAUACAGAAGGAUACCUGUAGAAAAAGUUAUCGAUAGGAACGUACCGGUACCCGUUGAAUUGGAAGUUGUACAAGAAAUUACAUGUCCCAAAAUUGAAGCGAGAUACAGGGAAAUACCUGUACCAGUUCAUGUUCAAAGAAUUAUUGAUCAUCCUAUACCACAUGAUAUAUUAAAAAAUUCGGAUACAACUGGAAAUUACUGCAAGGAUAUACAGCAAAAUUUACAAAGAAUGCAACAAACAGGCGCAAAACUCACAAGCAAUGUAUACACCCACUCCCGGUUUCAAAAACUAUGAAUUUUU